AUAAGGAAGUUCUUUUUUGGAAUUCCUGUAUCAUAAGAUAAGAUCUCGUGACGCUCUGACUAUAAUCAUACCUCAUUCGAACGGAGCGCUUCGUGUCGACGAUGCCAGAGCCCAAUAGCAUGGUAUUAUUUUGGAUAACUGCGUUUUGUUGCUUGGGCAUUGCCACCUCCGAAAAUCCAGGAUUUCAGACCAGAAUCACGGCAGCAGGACUAAAUUAUGCAAACAAAGAAGCCAUCGUGCAGCUGUCGAAGAGCGUAAGGGGUCAGAAGAUCAAUGUCCCGCCGGGAAAGGCUGGCCCUGUUUCCUACUCCAUUACUGAUGCCGAAAUAACCGAGUUUUCACCACCAUCCUCGAGCUCGCUCAAACCGAUAGCAGGUAGUGGGCUGAAAUGGUCUGCUUCAGACAUUGGACUCGCCAUGAGCGGGCGCUUCAGAUACUCCUUCAGAAAGAUCAUCAAGAUUUCGGAUCAUGGCAGCUUUGAUAUAUCUGUGUCUGGAGUUUCCUUCAGUGUACAAGUCGAUCUAGGAAUGGACACGAAUGGGCGGCCAAGCAUCAGAGCAGGACCGUGCACAAGUGAUAUAGGAAGUGUGUCCAUCAAGUUCCAUGGCAGAUGGGCAUGGGCAUACAAUUUAUUCCGACGGCAAUUCGAGAAAAAAAUUCAAAGAUUACUCAAGGAAAAGAUGUGCAUCCUGAUUAGCCAUUCUCUCAAUACAGAUGCUGAGAAGUCUCUGUCCUUAUUGAAAGUUACCUUGGGUAUUGGGGAAAUGUUGGAGCUGAGCUAUAAACUUACAAGGCCACCACAAUUUACCUCUGAUUAUAUGGAGACCUACCACAAGGGUGAGAUUGACUGGAAGUCUGCGCCUGCCCCGCCCCCUUUCCGGGCCCCAUCCCUGCCCCCGUGGAAAGACACGAGCCGUAUGAUGUACUUGUGGGUGUCCGAUUUCAUGAUGAACAGUUUGUUUUACCAGGCUCAGCAACACAACCUCCUCUCCUACAAUCUCACUGCGCAGGACCUCCCGGAAAACGCACAGGGAGUUUUGAACACGACGUGUACCAGUUCACUGUGUAUCGGGAACUUGAUUCCUGAGCUAAAUAAGUAUCCUAGCUGCCAGUUGGAACUACAAAUGAGAAGUACGAAAAUGCCGCAGAUUUCUGUUGUCAACGGCUCCAUAGAAACCAAGAUGGCCGGAUUAAUAGCUUUGUAUGUCCGACCUAUGAAGACCUCAUCCACUCUCUAUUUCAAGCCAGGGGAAAAAGAGAACCCAGUUUUGGGCAGACUGAAAAGCAGUACCAAAACAUUCGGCGAUUUCAUAUUUACAAUGAAUGCGAACAUGACAGUGACCGGACAGAUAAGUGUCGCUGAGAAAGUGAUGCACUACAAGGUCACCAACAUGACUAUCACUGCUUCCCUGCAAAAUUCAACUAUCCCGAAUGUCACUGAACGAGCACUUAACUUUCUGAUCAAGAAUGCAGUAGAAAGGUUCAUCCAGCCGAGUAUUGAUUUUCUUGGCAAGAAGGGAAUCCGUUUACCACUCGGAAAGAUGUCGUUGAAAAAUGCCAAACUAGUGCUGCUGAAGGAUGCUUUCGUCAUUGCUACUGACCUGCUGAAAUUAAGUCAAUGUAAUAUGUAUCGCUGGCCGGGACGUUUGACGAUUGACCACACCAUGGCGGGUAGAGCACGUUCAGUAUUUCUCUUGGUGGUCAUUUGUCAUCUCUGCACAGCAUCGGUCAGUCCGGGAUUCAAGACAAGGAUCACUUCUGAGGGACUCACCUACGCAAACAGCGUGGCCCUCGAUAUAUUAUCGAAGGCUAUCAUCGGAGUGUCGAUUCCAGACCAGUCCGGAACUGCAAGUAUUGUCACCUAUCACCUCACAGGACUCCAUGUCACUGAAUUUUACAAGCCGGCCAGUCAGAUAACCCUAAAACCACCGAAUGGACUAUUCUGGGCUGGGAACAAUGCAGCAAUGCAGUUGCACGGCAAUUGGGCAUAUAAAACACUAUUCAUAUCUGACAGUGGAACAUUCUACGCGAGUGUGAGCGGACUGGCGUUUCAUGAAAAUGUCGCCAUUGGCAAGGAUGCUAAUGGACGCCCUCACAUUAGUGCCUCCGGAUGUGGCGUCAACAUAGGCAGCGUGAGCCUGACUUUUCACGGGGGAGCCUCAUGGCUCUACAACCUUUUCAGCAGUGAAGUCUCAGACGCAAUCAAGUCUGCCCUCAUAGGCCAGGUAUGUGGCGUGGUGACGGAUCUGAUCAACACAAACGGAGAGAAUGCACUGGCAAAGCUACCAGUUACUGUUGAUAUUGCGAAUACAUUUUUGCUGGACUACCGUAUGGAUGAACCGCCUCUUUAUCAGAAGGAUUUCAUGGAAUCCUACCAUAAGGGUGAGAUGGACUGGAAGUCUUCGCCUGCCCCGCCCCCUUUCCAGGCGCCACCCCUUCCGCCAUGGAACGAUACGAGCCGGAUGAUGUAUGUUUGGGUGUCCGAUUUCAUGUUGAACAGUUUACUGUACCAGGCUCAGCAACACAACUUCCUUGCAUAUAACCUCACAGCCCAAGAUCUUCCUCCCGCCAAUCGCUCGGUUUUAAACACAACGUGUCACACACUACUUUGUAUUGGCAAUCUGAUUCCAGAGUUACACAAGAGCUACCCAAACUGUCAAGUUGAUCUGCACAUGCGCAUUGGCUCUGUGCCUAAUGUUUCCGUUUCUACUACGGGUGUCAUUGGUAACGCAGACGGCGUCAUUGACUUCUUUGCUCGUCCUGUGGCAGGCAUCUACCGUGGGAAUAGGUUAUACAAAUACUCAAUCAACAGUGUACCUGCCUAUCUCUUUACAUUUAACGUGACCAUGAGUACUUCCGCAGAUGUACAAGUGAAAAACGAAACCAUUUACGGGAAGUUACGGGACGUCAAAUUCGGGGUAAAACUAGUGAAGACGGCAAUCAAACAUAUCGACGACAAAGUCUUACAAUUCAUCAUCGAAAUUGCCUUGAACACGGUUGUCAUUCCUAAAAUCAAUUCUAUUGGAGCAAAAGGGCUUGCUUUACCUACGAUCGAAAACGUCCACUUCGUUAAUCCUAAGUUGGUUUUGAUGCAGAGAACUGUGUUAGUCUCAACGGACCUGCAUUACGGGCCUUGAUGUGAAAACACACUAUUUUACUAGUCAACACUAUGCAUGACAAGGGACUGAUGCAGGAACAAAAUCAUUGGAAGGAUCAAAGUUGUUUAAUUUAAACUUUAUUUUACUUUUUUUUUACUUUACAUUAUCAAUAUGAAAGAAUGUAAUGCAUAAUUAAAUUAUGUUUUGUAAUCAAAUUUUAUUUCCUAAUCUCAAUUCGUACAGUUGUUGAAUAUGUUUGGUAGCCUUUGCCUUGUGAUGAACGGGUCAACUUAAGCCAAAUAUACGGAUCUAGUAUUCAAAAAAGUAUAAUGCCGGCCGUUAAUGUGAUGUGUAAGUAAAUCCCCCUCUCAUGCGUGCAUGGUCAGUGGAGAAAUACAGACACAAUCCCUAUAUAAUACGACUUAAUUUAUAUGUUUGCAAAUUAAAAUUAUGAGGAAAAGUGUUGUCUAUGCACACUGCUUUCAUGACAAAUAUGCAUGUCUGCCUUUGAAAACCCCUUUGAUAUUCUUAUACAGUCAAAUCCGUCAUUUAAUAUUUCUUGGGGAUAAAAUAAACUUUGAUAUAAAUGAUCCGGUAAAUCACUAUUUUGAACAAACAAGGUGUAUUAGUAUAUAUUCCAGUUAAUCAGUCACAGUUAUGUUCAACUUGAAGCACAAAAAAACCUUUUUGUCCUGAUUCUGCACUUUUCCGUUCACUUCGAAAGAACCCUUAAAUGAAAAUAUGCAUAUAAUUUUAGCAAACUAUUCCAUUUCUCAAUAAUAAUUUGUAUAUAUUAAUGAAUGUUAUAAUACUAUUGUCUUAAUUCGUCUUAAUUGUUUUCCAUAUUUCUAAAUUUUUAAAUUGUCCAUAAUACUUCAAGUGCCACUGAUAAACUAAUGUUUUUGAUAAUUA